UCAUUUUUGUGUUAUUGUUCAAGGAGAGCCAUGGAUGAUCCAUUCGAAAAAGAACAUAUAGAAAUGUGUAAAGUAGAGCUGCAAGCGCAUGGAGCUGGCGCAGCAGCUGCAAAGAUCAAUGCUUAUUUGAAAGAGCUGGAUGAUGUCCAUCUAAACAUCGCCUUCACAGGAGAGUCUGGCUCUGGGAAAUCCACCUGCGUUAACGCCUUUAGAGGCUUAGACAACACGGACGAGCGUGCCGCCCCUACUGGUUAUAAAGAAACCACCAUGGAGGUUCAUUCAUACCCCCAUCCAAACUUUCCCAAUGUCACACUGUGGGAUCUUCCCGGUAUUGGCACCGACAAUUUUCCAGCUGACAAGUACCUGCAGCAUGUCGGCUUUGAAAGAUUUGACUUCUUCAUCAUCGUCUCAGCUGAUCGCUUCAGAGAAAAUGAUGUGAUGGUCGCUAAGGCGAUUCGGGAUAUGAAGAAAAAGUUCUACUUCGUUCGCUCAAAGAUUGACCAGGACAUCGGNCUUUAA